AUGUCGUCCAAACCUAUACGUCCAGUCAACGUCGAAGACAAACUUCAUUUCCCGACUUUUAGGCGCCUCCCAGAAGAGAACGACAUCGACCUGACGUACUACGAAGAACGCGGAUUCGGAUACUCACCCGCAGUGCACUGGUGCCUGCUUGUCGAAAUUGUUGAGGUUAUUCCCUGGAUACGGCCGAUGUUCAAUGUCAAAGAUUUGGAGGGGCACAAAUUCCUUGUUGCUUUCCAUCUCGACAACAAUGAGGAAGUCGCGUCUAUGAAUAUUAGAGUCGGGCGAACGAUGUCAAUCAGUCACGCUCAUCAACAUCAAUUUGCGGAUGGGCAGGUGGGUAUCAGACUUGAAGAUGCGUCCUCCGUCAAGUCCUUCAAUUGUGACCUCGCCAGCUUUAUGAAGAUUGGAGAGGACCUCAAGAAGCAAUCAAGCCUUUGUCCCGUUUGCAACAAAUCCGCAGAACUCCACUGCUCGAGUUGUACCUUGAGAUAUUGCAGUAAAGAAUGUCAAGUUGCUGAUUGGAAGAGUAAGCAUAAGAAGGUGUGCGGUGCUGGUCAGCAGAUUAUGGCAUGGGGCAAAUUCAAUUGGAAGAGGUUCGAUUUUGAUAGGGUCCUCUAGGGAUCGAGAUAUGACUGCAACGAAAAUGUCGUGUUAUGCAUGCAGCGAUGUAUAGAUUUUCUUGUUGCCUGCAUGUCGUCGUGGACUGUCUGUGGGAGCAGGAGCUUGAGCUUCGAAAAGAAAAAUAUGUUAACG